AUGAGAGGGCUCGCUAGGGCCAUUUCUUUGGCGGACUUGCUGUGGGCCGAUGCUGCUGUCGUCGACUGCGGCAGGAUGCGCGAAGAUGGAUCCUGUCUCACGCGACCGCAUUUCAUGGAUCUGCAUUGCAGCGGCUGUGGCAACUUCUCCGUACAUGAACCACUCCGCGGGCGCUUUCUCGUAGAGGAUGCUGUGUCUCCACUUUUGCUGAAAGAGCUUCUUGCGCUGGCACCUGAGGUGGUCGUUCCAGGGGAUGGCUAUGGCGGCCGAGCUCGUCUUUUCAAGAAGGAUGAGGUUUGGGCUGGAAUUCAGCUUCUGGAUGCCGCCGACUGGGCUGUCGAGCAGGCAAAAGCAGGCCGACGAGAUGCGUUGGCCUUUGCCCGAAGCUUCGUGGAGGUGGUGCACAUAAUGAAAACCAUGCUCGACAAUCUCUUCGACCUGAAACAGCAGGCCACCCUCCACUUUGCGCAGCUGGUAUGUAGACAGAAGGAUCCCACAUCCGCCGAGGUGGGAGACAGCCACCCUGUCCACUCAGACAGCGGCUGCGUUUACCAGGAGCCUGCGGACAACGAGAGCGAGCCUUGCAUCGCUGGUGAGGAUGACCCCCGCACACAUGCGGCCUACCUGUACUUGCACGGGCCCGAGAGUGGUGAUUUUCGAGGAGGGGACUUCUUCUUCGCCCGCAGCUUUGGGGACGGUCAACGAGUGCAGCUGCGACCUGCAGCAGGUCGUAUGGUGGCGAUUGCUGCGGGCAGUAGCAAUCUUCACGGUGUGGAGCACCUCGAGGCAGGCAUUCGCUGCCAUGUCGGCGUGUGGGUGGCUGCUGGCAGCGAGGACACGGAUGUGCACGGGUAUCAGCGGCACAGCUUGCAGCAGGCGGAGAGCAUCUUAGCGGGGGUGCUUCCUGCCGGUUCCCGGCCUCGGGUCGAGGACUGGUGGCAAGAGAACGACAGCUUUAAACGAAUGUGCACGGCUCCAAGCAAUGUCAAGGCAGCAGCGAGCUCUCAGUCCCAGAAGCAGAAGGAUGUUGAAGUGCUGUCUGAUCUUCCCGGGCCGCAAAUCCUCCGCGCACGAGGUUUUUUAUCGCCUGAAGAAGCCCGGCACAUCAUCGCGCUGGCCAAGCCAAUGCUGCAGGACGGCGUGGUCUUAGAGUCCGGUCAGCUUGUCCGAGCGAAAUAUCGGAGAAGUCAGACCGCAUGGCUGGAGGAUGAGGAUCCGGUCUUGCAGAACAUCUCCCAACGGAUUGAAGCCUUCACCGGCUUGUCCCUGCAGUCUGCGGAGCAGUUUCAGGUGGCCCACUACACGGCCGAGAAUCAGGGUCGCUACGAGCCCCACUUCGAUUGGGGGAGGGAGGUGGCGGUCAUGGACGCCUUCGGAAGCGCAGAGGACACAGGCCAGGGACCCAGACUAGCCACAUUUCUGAUCUACCUGAAUGCUGUGCAAGGUGGUGGCGCAACGACCUUCGUGCAGCAGGACCUCAGCAUACAGCCAGAACCAGGUGCUGCAGUUUUCUGGUACAAUCUCCGUCCGCGCGGCGAGGGUGAUGAGCUUGUUCGUCAUGGCGCUUGCCCUGUCACAGAGGGUGAAAAACUCAUUGUUACGCGGUGGAUCCAUGCAGCCGGCAAUGCGCACGUCUUUGAUGCAUCUAGCGGCAUGCCCAGGAUUUCGCGUUCAUCGGAGUCGCAGUCCUGGAGAUCGCUGCCCUGCGCUUCCCUUUGUGUAUCAGCGCCGUUGCAAGCUGGCAGGCGUUGCCCAACAGAGUGUGACGCGGCAGCGAUCACGUCUGAGCUGCGCGGUCGAGCUGUACUCGACCAUGCCGUCCCAAAGUCAACUGCAAGGGCAAUCGCUGCUCUUGCACCUUUAGCUGUCAGUCCGGGCGACGGCUUUCCUAGCGGUGAGGUGCUGGGCGCCGCUGGUGUCACUCCUCGGGCUGCUGUGGAAUGGGCAGCUGUGCAGGGAACUGCUGCUUUGUCGUGGGCUGAAAGCUUUCUCACAGCAGCGGAAACGGUCGGCCGCGAAGUGGCUGCUUAUUUUGGCAAGCGCUUGUUGAACUCCUCGGCCCCGGUGGAUGAAGAAGGUCUUUACUUCGACUUUGUGCACCUUGUCUGCCGAUCUUCCCAGAAUCGGAAUGGGGAAGGGCCCAAGGCUCAAACGGAUUUCGAGGAGUUUUCGGGCUACAUCCCGGCCGAUGCCAGAGAUCUCUUCAGCCGGGAGCUCACGCUCGAGCAGGCCAAGGAAGCGUGCAGCGCUGUCGAGGCCUGCCAAGGCUUCACCUUCCAGGCUGGCGUUGAGCCGGCGAAGCCCAGGAUGGUGUAUUUCAAAGCCAAGUGGGAGCUUGCCGGCACGGGGUGGACAUCAUUUCGGCGUUCAAACCGAGUACCGAAGGAGGCAGAUGCUUAUGAAGCCCAUGCCGACAAUUGCUUUGAAGAGGGAGCAUUCUGUGUGAGAAAGAAGCCUUUCUAUCAUUGGCGAAGCCAUGCUGCUGUGCUUUUCCUUCAUGGUCCUGAGUCAGGUGACUUCCAGGGUGGCAACUUCUUCUACUCACCUGCUUUUGACAGUCCACCGGACCAGCGAGUUCGCAUUGAGCCCGUGGCGGGGAGGACAGUGACCUUUCGAGCAGGUGUUGAGAACAUCCAUGGGGUGGAGAAGGUCUUGUCAGGCACGCGCUGCACACUGAAUCAGUGGUUUACACCAAACGCCUUUCUGGCACAACACAAAUCCGAGCUGGAAGACGCGAGGAAGCUGUUGAUCAAGUACAUGGAGGCUCAGGAUCAUGCGGCUGCAGGAACUUCGGUGAGCAAGCGGUUCGACGACAACAGCCAUGAGAUGGACGAAGAACUGACAAACUGUGCUCACACGCUUGACGAGUGUGGUCAACACCCUGCAAAAACGAGCAGGCAUUUGAGAGAGGAGCCUCCGGUGCGACAAGUCUCCCUCCUGUGGCUGAGGAACCUCCCUUUGCGAUCUCUGCUCAUGGUUCAAGUCAACGGUGCCAAAAUUGAUGCCGAAGGGCAAUGCAAGGGAAACGUGUGGAACUGCUCUCCGAUUGCCUCGGUGCGGUUUGCAGUCGCCUCCCUCGCAGGCUUUGCUGGCCAGCUCAGCAGCGCACUUCCGCCUGCGGGAGCCAAAGCUCUUGGUGCGACUCGGACAGUCGGUGGGGUCUCGAAGCUCAGGUCGAAUCUGGAUGCCUUCAGCAUGCAACAGGUUGGCAUUGUCGCAGAAGCCUUCGAUGUCGUGGGCCAUCACCAUCGAAAGCUGGUGGGCUACAUCGAGCAGAUCCUUCUGAAAGCCCAGGACAGCAACGGAGCAUCACCAGGCGACGAAGCGAGCCGUCGCCGGCUCAUUGCAGCAUUGCUUACUGCCGCAGCGCAACAGGAGACUUUUGCUCGACGCAGUCAGUCGACAAUGCAGCGCUUUGCGGAGGAGCUCACGACUGAUUUGAAGUCAUGCGCUCCAUCAGACGCAGUGCUCAGGCCAACGAAGCAGGAUCCGCGCAGCUUGCGCGUUCGGAUCAGGAGUACCAUCGAAGCUGUCAGACAAGCGCCAAAGCCGCCGCAGCCACUCCGUCGCCUGGGUUCGCCCCUCCGAGGAGGUCGCAGACACCAAAGGACACGGCCGUCGGAGAUUGUGGCGGAGUCCGAUGAGGAAGCUGAAAGCCAGCCGGUCCAACAAGACGAGGCUGACAAGCCAAGGCCUGGCGAGAUGUUUGCUGAGGCGCAGCUCCUCGAUCUGGAGGCGAUUGCUGCUUCCUUGGGCAGCAGCAUGACAGAACAAGCAGACGAAGCCAGCAGCCCGGAGGUUCCUGCGCCCGCUCCACCGGGUGCAGUGCUUGGCGGCGAGGUGCUCCCGGGCAUCGGAUUUGUUGCUGGACGUGCGCGGCGCUCCUUUGGUGGUGCUGCGCUGGAGGUUGAUGGCUUUGCACCGGCAGGGGCAUCAGUGGCCCGGCGUCUGCGCCCACCGCCGGCUCGGCGGCACUUCGAGCGCAUCCUCGGUGGUAGGCAUCCGGCAAACGUGAGGAUCCUCAGACGAUUGCGGAGGCUCGAGGUGGAGAUGAAGUUGGAUGGGUCGACAGCGGCACCCUUCGCAGAGACGCGAAGGAAGAAGCGCACUUGGUACGCAGACCCAUCCACUCAGCCUCACAAGGCUUACAAGGUCCGUGCCACGAUACAAGCGCAGCAGGCCUCAUUGUUUCGUCGGCUUCGAAGGUAUCGUUUGGGUGGCUUCGAGCCAAAUCUUGUUGGAGGUAGUUUUGCGCCGCUGCGCAAAAUUCGCCCAGCCAAAGACAUUGCUGGGCCAUCUCCAGUACUCAGUUUGGACCAAUCCGUGGUUCUGGCCAAUUCGCUUGCAUCUGAGAGUGGGAAGGCUAUACCAGGUCGUGAAAAUUUGCUCCGGCAGCUAGGCGAGCACACUGCGAGAGCUGCGUUACUGCAGUGUGCUACAUCCCUUCAGGAGCAGAGGGCUUUGGUGGCUUCAUCCCGCAUCGCCUCGUCGCUGGCAGAGGCAAACCUGAGCUGCCCAGCGCUGCUCCAAAGUCUCGAGGAGCGCAUCUCGCGUGGCAGCGUCGUGUCAUCGCUGCGAAAGCAUCGGCCAACUGCAUUGCCACGAAUUCUCCUGUCGUAUUUGCGGCUAGCACGUUCUUCAACCGGCCUCGAUGAAGGCAGUAUUGCGCGCAGCGUAAGCGAGCAGCUGCACGAACUCCUACGAAUCGGGCCUGAUCGUCUUGCGCCGCUUUGGAUCCUGCCAGCUGACGAGCUGGCGAGCAUUGUGCACAGCCUUGCGGAACUGUUGGGUGAUCCUGGUGCUUUGGAAUCCCGAAGCCGAGCACGGCUGCGAAGGAGCCUGCUUGCAGGCCUGGUUGCAGUCGAUCGUGAAAGUCAGGGGGCCCCACUCCCUGCCGGCUGGCCCAGGCCCUUGCAGGGCGCAGCUGGUGCUCCACCAACUGCGGCAGAGCUUGAGAUGCUGGUUGCUGGCGUUUGUUGGCUUUCGAACGGACGGAGCAAGCAAAUGGUGGAGGUGUCUACCCGACUGGCUAUCUCA